AUGGGCGCGUCCAAAGAUGACAUCGAGGCUGUCACGCCAAGCUUGGAUUCGCCAAGCGUCGAGGACAAGGGAGUUUCGACUGCCGGCGUCGAUGAGGCCCGCCUGCUCCGCAAGAUCGAUAUGAGAGUCAUGCCGAUGCUUUUCAUCAUCUAUCUGGUUGCGUUCUUGGACAGAGUCAACAUCUCCAAUGCCUUGACCCUGGGUCUCGUGACCGACUUGAAGCUCACCGGCGAAAUGCCCAACACCGCGUUGGUCGUCUUCUACGCCCCAUACAUUCUUUUCGAGAUUCCAUCCAACGUUCUCCUGAAAAGACUCAAUCCCCAUGUGUGGCUGUCCGGAUGUAUCAUUGCCUUUGGCAUCGUCAUGUUGGGCCAGGCCUUCGUCAGCAGCUACGGCGGACUGAUUGCGACCCGAUUUUUCCUGGGUCUCGCCGAGGCCGGUAUCUUCCCAGGAAGUUUCUACCUGAUCAGUUUUUGGUACAAGCGUGAAGAGGCUCAGAAGCGUUUCACCAUCUACUGGUCGUCCGUCAUUCUGGCUGGUGCUUUUGGUGGUCUGUUGGCCACUGCCAUCUCCCAAAUGGAGGGCCUGCGUGGCAUGGCGGCGUGGCGGUGGAUCUUCUGCUUGGAAGGAAUUGCUUCCAUUCUCGUCGGAUUUGCCGCCUUCUUCUUUGUGACCGAUUUCCCCAAGGAGGCCUCGUGGUUGACCCCCGAAGAAAAAGCCUUUCUCACCGAAAAGACCCGCAGUGAUGAGUCGCACAAUGCUCCCGUUACCGUCAAUGACGUGCUGCAAUAUCUUGGUAAUGUCAAAUCUCAUCUUGGUGCCAUUAUGUAUUUCACCAUUGUCGUCCCCAUUUAUGCCUUUUCCUACUUUGCCGCGACCAUCAUCAGGGCAUUGGGAUAUAACACCGUGCAAACCCAAUUGCAUACCGUUCCACCUUUCGCAGCGGCCUUUGCCUACGCUCUCAUCGUUGCUAUCUGGUCUGACCGCGUCAAACUUCGGUAUCCUUUUAUCUUGGCGUCGGAUGUACUGAUAAUUGUCGGUGUCUCCUUGAUGUUGCAUUUCCAUGGAAAGGGCCACUUCUCUGCCGAAUAUUGCGGUAUCAUCUUCAUCACCAUGGGUGCCUUUGGCGGCGGCGCCAUCAUCGUUUGCUGGAUUUUGAUGAAUCUCCAGGGUCACGCCCAGCGUGGUAUUGGCUCCGCGUGGACGAUUGGUUUCGGUAACGCCGGUGGUAUCGUUGCGGUCUUCCUCUUCUUGUCCAAGGAUGCUCCCAAUUACACCAUGGGAUACUGGGUCUUGAUUGGCAUGGUCCUCCUCGGCGUGGCAUCGACCCUCCUGUAUGGUGGAUUGAUCUGGCACGAGAAGCGUCAGGCCUUGGCGAGCGGCAACAUUGAAAAGGCCAACUCUUUGUCCUUAUAA